UCUGCUUCCGGAUUCGCCGCUCUGAUUCAGCGCUAUGUUUUUGGUAUCGCCUAAAACCGUAACGUUGUACAUCUCUCUACUCGUCUCUGAAAUUACGUUUGAAGUUGACUCCGUUGAUUCAAGUUGAUUUUGUAGCCAACGCUUCAUAACCAUAUAAGUCAGGAACAUCGUUGUGCAUUUAUUAUUAGUUAUCUCUCUCGUAUUGCACGAAAAAAUGGUUGAGGAACUCCAAAAGAAACUACAAAGUGAACUUGACAAGUUCAAACACAUUCAAAAAGAUUACCACAAAGCUCUUAAUCAGAGACAACAAUUGGAUGGACAGCUUAAUGAAAAUACAGCUGUGAAGGAGGAAUUAGAUUUGUUAAAAUCUGGUAAUGAGGUUUUCAAACUCAUUGGUCCUGUACUCGUAAAACAAGAAUUGGACGAGGCUAAGCAAAAUGUUGCCAAGAGAAUGGAAUACAUUUCUGGAGAAUUAAAACGUACUGAAGACUUGAUAGCAAGCCUGGACAAAAAGCAAGAUACGCAACGGGAUGUCUUGGGGAAACUUCAACAACAGUUUCAGCAGGCACAGUUGAAGGCUGCUAUGAAGGCUUAGUUAUAGAUUUUCAAAGAAUCUUCAAAAUCUAAUAAUUAUUUAACGUUGCUACAUAUACUAUUGAAGUUACUCAUAUGGCUCUAUAUAAUGAUAAAUGCAGCAUUUCAUCCUAUUUUCAAUAAUAUUACAUAAACUCAAAGUUAUAAAGAAUAUAUUCUUUUUCACGAAG